AUGCAUCCUCUUGGUGGGGGUAGAGAUAGUAUCUUUAUCCAUCUAAGCUUUGUUCAACCGAGGUUUCCAAAGUUCUUGACAGAUACCGAGCCAUCGAAUCGAAGAGACAAGGCUAUCCCGAUUGAUCGUGAAUUGCAUGCUUCACCCUUUUUGUUUGCCGGUAAUGCAGUACGAAGCAUACGCUAUUUCCAUCUAGGUGCGGCUCGCGACUAG